AUCCGAUGCUAGAAAAUUUUGUUACUAUAUCUUAUCAAGAAUUUUCAAAUAUAAACACCAAAUAUGACAAUGGGCGAUGAAGCUCCUGUCACUUCCCUUGUGCUUCCAGUUCUAUUACGCCCAAUUCUUUCACAGCUUGAAAGAAGAGACAGGGCCGCUUCACAAACACUUAGAUCAGCAUUGACAAAAGCCGAAAGUGCACACCCAGGCCUAAGUCUAGAACUUGUGCAAGGUAUAUUGAGACGAGCUGAAGUCAAUCUUAAUGUCAAUGAAAGCAUAUUGCGAUUGCAAGGGCAGAUUUCAGACACUGAUGUUGUAGAAUAUAAAUUAAGUCGUUCCGAAGAUGCCUUUCAAGAAUUAAACAGAAAAUCGGCUGCUUUAAAACGGAUAUUAAGUCGAAUACCAGAUGAGAUUACAGAUAGAAAAACAUUUCUUGAAACUAUCAAGGAAAUUGCCAGUGCUAUAAAGAAGCUUCUGGAUGCUGUGAAUGAUGUUUCUGGUUUUCUACCAGGAUCUCCAGCAAAGCAAGCCUUGGAGCAACGUAAACGUGAAUUUGUGAAGUAUUCAAAAAGAUUUAGUAAUACUUUGAAAGAGUAUUUCAAGGAGGGACAAGCAAAUUCAGUGUUCACAAGCGCAUUAUAUUUAAUUCAUCAAACGAACCAAAUAAUGAUUACAGUAAAAAACAAAUGCGAGUAGUUUAAGAAAGUCUGUGCGAAAAAAUCAAUCAUUAUAAAUAUGGAGAAAUAUAUUAAACUGUUGCACAUUUACUAUGAAUUAAAACGGAUUUAUUAAUCUGACGUUGUCCUUAUACUGGACAUUGCAUAAUGAAGUCAAUUUUAUUGUUAUCAUAUGAGCCAGUUUAUGAAAGUAUUAAAAUAGAUAAGAAUUCUAGAAAAUAUAUUGUACAAAAUUCAAACUUUAUGAUUCAAGCAGAAACAUUUUUCAUUUUUGUAGUAUAUUCUUUGAAUUUAGAAUAAAGUUAAUUAGAUAUAA